GGUCCAGUUUGUAAGCACAGUUGUUCUCCCUAUGCUCUCUCCUGGUCAUUGACUAGUAUUGUUGCUGCUGGAUGUGAUAGGAGAGUUAUGGUAUACAACCACUCUGGUAAGCCUAUCCAACAGUUUGACUAUUCAAAGGAAGAAGAUGAGAAAGAGUUUAUGUGUUCAGCAACAUCUCCUAGUGGACAGACUGUUGUACUGGGGAGCUUCAACAGACUGAGGGUGUACAACUGGUCUCCUCGUAAGGAGAUGUGGGAUGAAGCAACUCCUAAGUUUAUUGACAAUCUUUACACCAUCACUGCACUCACUUGGAAGAGAGAUGGAUCAAGAUUAACAUCUGGUUCAUUGUGUGGAGCUGUUGAUUUGUUUGAUUGCUGUCUUAGACGUGUCACUUAUCGUAAUAAAUUUGAACUAACUUAUGUUGGACCCAGUCAGGUGAUAGUUAAGAAUAUUGGUACUGGUGCUCGUGUGAUACUAAAGUCACAAUUUGACUAUGAGAUAGAGAAGGUUGAUGUCAUGGGCAAGGACAGGUACCUAGUGGCCUACACCUCAUCUACCAUACUCCUGGGAGACAUGGCCAACUGUAAACUCAGUGAGAUCAUGUGGUCUGAUACUGGUGGCAAUGAGAAGUUUUAUUUUGAGAAUCAAUCAGUUUGUAUGAUAUUUAAUGCUGGAGAGCUCACACUGGUGGAAUAUGGUAUCAAUGAUAUAUUGGGAUCUGUUAGAACUGAAGUUAUGAACCCUCACCUCAUUAG